UGUUGCUUAGAGUUUAUCUUAUGAAAGAAAAAGCAAAGCAACUGGGCAGAGAAUCAGUUUCCAGAUAACUGGACUGACAAGUGGCCCGCCUAGUUCUGAAGUGCAGUCUCUUCUCAAAGGAAGGUUUUUCCUCUCCUAGUUGCUGGGUGGGAAAGGCAGACUUCCUCUAAUCAUGAAGGUUCUAACCAUUUUGAUUCUGUUAGAAAUUACAGGCUGCUUUCCUGUUUUUUCAAGAAUUGAUCCAGUCCACUGCAGAUGGAAUCCAUAUGGUCCUUGGUCAGAUUGUGAUGGCUGUACUAAAACACAAAUUCACAGGAGGACUGUAGCAGUUUAUGCACAGUUUGGGGGAAACCCAUGCUCAGGAAAUUCAUUUGAAACUCGUGCAUGUGUUCCCACAAGAGGUUGCCCAACAGAAGAAGGAUGUGGUGAUCGUUUCAGAUGUUCUUCAGGACAAUGCAUUCGCAAAUCACUGUUGUGCAAUGGAGAUCAAGAUUGCCUGGAAGGUGGCUCUGAUGAAGAUAGAUGUGAAGAAGUCAAGAAAAUAUGUGAUGAGAAGCCUCCACUUAGAGCACCUCCUAAUGUAGAAUUAACAGGAACAGGCUUUAAUGCCCUUACUGGGGAAAUGAGAAGUGGGGUCAUUGACACUAAGAGCUAUGGUGGCCAAUGUCGGAAGGUCUUCAGUGGUGACCGGAGAGAAUAUUAUCGGCUGAGUGAAAAUGUCCUUGCCUAUACCUUUGAGGUGAAAAUUGAGAAUGAAUUCAAUACUGAAUUUUACAACAGUACCUGGUCCUAUAUGAAAGAGACAGAGGGCCGUUACACUGAUAAUUUUGGCCAUCACAACACCGACACAAAUUAUGCAAGAGACAAGUCAGAGAGUAACUAUCUUAUGGUGAUUGAAAAUUCAGUGGAAGUUGCACAAUUCCUCAAUAAUCAACCCACGUUUUUAAACCUGGCAGAGCCCUUCUGGAAAGAGCUUUCUAGACUGCCCUCCUUCUAUGAAUAUAAUGCAUAUCACCGACUAAUUGAACUUUAUGGAACACAUUACCUGCAUUCUGGAUCUUUGGGAGGAUAUUACAAAGCCAUUUUUCAUGUCUCUAAAAAUAGUGCUAGCUCAAGAGGGUUCAGUCUAACGGAUAUGCAUAAUUGCAAAACUUCUGGGUACAAUUUUUUCUUUGUAAAGAAGAAGAAAGUGGAAUGUGAAGCUCUCAAUGAAGUGAUAAAACAGUCUUCAGGAGUCCGCAACGAUCAGAUUAAAACUGACCCGUAUGUAGAGGGAGGGGCUCCUGGAACUGUGGCUGGUUUAAGUUUUAUAGACAUUAACAAUCCGGUUGCAAAUACCCAACGAUAUUCCAGCUGGGCUCAUACAGUGUCUCUUUAUCCCAGUGUUAUUAAAAAAAAGCUGGCACCACUCUAUGAGUUGGUGAAGGAAGUCCCAUGUGCUUCGGUCAAAAAACUGUACCUGAAAAAGGCAAUUGAAGAGUAUUUGACUGAGAAUGACCCCUGCAAGUGCAAGCCGUGUCAGAAUGGUGGUCAGCCAGCUGUGGAUGGAACUCAGUGCAUGUGUUUUUGCAAACCAUAUACCUUUGGAGCAGCUUGUGAACUGGGAACUCUUGUGCAAGAUCAGCCAG